AUGGCAUCCUCCGUUUUCGUUUCCAUUUCCAUUGUGGUCUUAGCAUGUAUGCUGUUGUGUGGAACUUAUUUGGAUAGUGGAGCUCAUUUUGUGGGAGCAUCUGAAUUAUCAGCACUACAACUAGAAGCAAAGGCUCUUCUGGAGGCGGGAUGGUGGAGUGGUUACAGGAACAGCAACGAUACCUCAACUCGUUGCAACUGGGCUGGUAUUACUUGCAAUGCUGGUGGAAGCGUUACAGAGAUUCACUUGACUAAUAAUCAGAUCUAUCUAGAUAAGUUAAAUCUCAACUUCUCUUUCUUCCCUAAUUUAGUCCGUCUUAAUCUAUCCCAUAAUUAUUUUGGGGAGAGUAUUCCACUUAAGAUAGGUACUCUAUCGAAACUCACUUUUCUUGAUUUGUCUAGUAAUUAUUUUCAUGGGAGUAUUCCACUUGAGAUAGGUACUUUAUCGAAACUCACUUAUCUUGAUUUGUCCAACAAUAAUCUUGAAGGGAGUAUUCCACUUGAGAUAGGUACUCCAUCGAAACUUACUUAUCUUGAUUUGUCCAACAAUAAUCUUCAAGGGAGUAUUCCACUUGAAAUGGGUACUCUAUCGAAACUUACUUAUCUUGAUUUGUCCAACAAUAAUCUUCAAGGGAGUAUUCCACUUGAAAUGGGUACUCUAUCGCGACUCUCUCACCUUCAUCUGUCCAACAAUAACUUGACAGGUACGCUGCCUCUUUUACUUGCAAACCUCACCCAAUUAGUGAGGUUUGACAUUUCUUUUAAUCAAAUCACUGGUUUCAUCCCUGAAAGAUUGGGAAAUUUGAAGAACCUGGUUGAGUUUCAUUUGAAUGAAAAUAACUUCAUUGGACCAAUCCCUUCAUCUCUUGGGCUUUUAGUUAAUCUCACGGGUCUGGAUAUGCAUGGAAAUCAAAUCAAUGGUUUCAUACCACCAGAAUUGGGGAUGCUAAACAAUUUGCGCUACUUGGACCUAAGCAAUAACAAGCUCAUUGGUCCAAUCCCUUCGACUCUGAGCCAUUUAAGUAUUUUGAACCUUUCAAGGAAUCAAAUCAAUGGUUCCAUACCAUCAGAAAUGGGAAUGCUAAACGAUUUGGCCUACUUGGACCUAAGCAAUAACAAGCUCAUUGGUCCAAUCCCUUCGACUCUAGGCCAUUUAAGUAUUUUGAAUUAUUUGGACCUUUCAAGAAAUCAAAUCAAUGGUUCCAUACCAUCAGAAAUGGGGAUGUUGAAGAACUUGUUCAAAAUGGACCUUUCCAGGAAUCAAAUCAGUGGUCCAAUCCCUUCAACUAUAGGCAAUUUAACUGGUUUGCAUGCUUUGAUGCUUAGUGCAAAUCAAAUCAAUUGUUCCAUCCCGGUUGAAAUGGAGAAUUUGAAGAAUUUGGAUCUUUUGUUUCUCGAUCAAAAUAAUCUCACCGGCAAUCUUCCCUUUUUUUUGCCUUAUAGUAUGAGUCACAAUUUGUCAUAUAAUUCGUUCAAUUGUGCAAUUCCAUGUGAAUAUUAUUAUAAUGCUUCUUCACAUUAUGCAUACGACAUGUUAAUUGGCAACAAGGAUUCAUGCAAUGGUAGCUUCAAGGUUUUCCGUCCUUGCCCUGAGUUUUCCCCGACUACUAACAAAUCAAGAAUAACCAAACUAGAAAUUUUGGUUCCAAUCGCCAUUUUUCUUGGAUUCAUAGUUCUUGGCGGCUUUCUUCACUCGAGAUGCAAGGUUAAGAAGACCCAGUCUAACUCAAAAGAAACAAAGAAUGGGAACUUGUUCUCGAUAUGGAAUUACGAUGGACAUAUUGCAUAUGAAGAUAUCAUUGAAGCAACCGAGGACUUUGACAUAAAAUAUUGUAUUGGAACAGGUGGUUAUGGCAGCGUUUACAAAGCAAAAUUACCUGGUGGCAAAGUGAUUGCCUUGAAGAAACUUCAUCGAUUGGAGGCUGAGAAUCCAACUUUUGAUAUGAGUUUCAAGAACGAGGUAAAAGUGUUAACAGAAAUUCGGCAUCGAAAUAUUAUAAAACUUCAUGGGUUCUGUUUACAUAGACGAUGCAUGUUUUUGGUUUAUGAGUAUAUGGAAAGGGGAAGCCUAUUUUGUGUCCUGAGCAAUGAUGUUGAAGCUAUAGAAUUGGAUUGGAGCAAGAGGGUGAACGUCAUCAAAGGCACCGCCCAUGCCUUAUCCUACAUGCAUCAUGAAUGCAUUCCAACAAUUGUUCAUCGAGAUAUAACAAGCAACAAUAUUUUAUUAAACUCGAAACUAGAGGCUUUUGUCUCUGACUUUGGCACUGCUAAACUCCUUGAUCCUGAUUCCUCCAAUCAAACAUUAAUUGCGGGCACUUACGGUUAUAUUGCUCCAGAGUUGGCCUAUACAAUGAAAGUUACUGAAAAAUGCGACGUUUAUAGCUUUGGAGUGGUGGCAUUGGAAAUAUUAAUGGGAAGACAUCCAACGGAACUCUUAACUUCAUUAGCAUCACCGUCUUCUCAAAACGUGAUGUUACAUGAAAUAUUAGACCAACGUUUGCCACCUCCAACUUAUCUGGUUGCACAGGAUAUUUUUCUUGUCGCUGCAAUAGCAUUUGCAUGCCUCCAAAUCAAACCAAAGUCUCGGCCUACAAUGAAAUACGUGUCUCAAGAAUUUCUUUCUCGAAAGAAGCCAAUAGCCAAGCCUUUACAUGCAUUUUCACUAUGGCAGCUAAGGAACCAAGAAAUAUAUAUGGCUGGAUCAGGGGAUGAAACUCAAUUAUGAAGUGCUUGUUAUUAGGUUGAGUAUCAU